CCUAUUAAAUUUAAUUAAUUAUUUCAAUUAUUGGUUUUAGAUAAACAAAAGAUAAAAAAUAUGUAAAGUUAACCUUUAGUAUAAGAAGGAGAUACUACUGAAAUUAAUUAGAUAAAUGAUACCAAUUUAUAACAAAAUGUUAAGAAAAAACCUAAGAGAAAGUUUAGCAAAAAGAAGAAGAAUAUUCAAAAAUUGAGAAUGGAGUAAUUAUCUACUGUGUAUAGCACAAAUCAUUAAUAUACUUAAAGUUCGUAAGUAUCUAAUAGAGUUUAAAAAAUGGUUAUUAACCAUUCACCAAGAAUAAAUAGCAGUUAACCUUUAUAAAAACGUAAUAAAAUUGUGAACAAUCUUUCUCCAUAAUAAUUAAGCUCAGAUAAUUAUGAAAUAUCAAAUUUAUAUAGUACAUGUGUAGUAAAAUAGGUUUCAGAUUUAUUUUAAUAAAAUUAGUAUUUGAGUAAAAGUAUUAGAAAUUUUAAGAUUCCUUAAACUAUGAAGUAACAAAUUGAAUAGUACAAGCAAAAAAUAAACUACGAGAGAUAAAUUUAAGGUGAGAGUGGUUAGCUAUAGCAGAAUAAUAAUGAUUUACUAAAAAAUAAAUAAACUAAACAAUUGUAUGCAAAUUUAUAACUUAUUGCAUCUAAUACUCCAUCCACUUCUUCUGAUUAACACAAUAAAGAAGAUGCUUCAGAUAAAUUUUAGCUCUCUCCACAAUCAUUUAUGCAUAUCAAAGAAGUAGAUUAAAAUAAUAAAAAUUUGAUUAAUUUAUACACAACAGAUUCUUUUUAAGGAAGUGAAACUAAUAGAAAUAUUUCUUCAACUUAAAAAAAUAUUUAUACUUCAAUAGUUAAUAAAAGAAGAUCUUAGUCGCUGAAUUAGGAUGGCUCUAAUUAGAGUAAAAUAUUAUAAAGCAGAACUCUUUAAGCUAACUUAAAAAGUUCUAAUUUAAUAAAUGAACAAAAUGAUCCAAUUAGAAAAUAAUCUGAAACAACGCCAUGCAAUAACGUUUAAUAUAACAACUGGGAAGAGUAGUUCAUUGGAGUAGUGUAAGAUGAUGAAAGAGAUAGUAAUAGAUAGUCAACAAAUGAAAGUUUUCAUUUAAAUAAAAGUUAUUCUAAAAAGGAAGAUAAUAAAAUAAAGUUAUUAAAAUUUAGUAUGGAUAACAUUUCUUUUUCAAAUCCUGAAUAUUUGGAAAGAUUGAAAAAGAAGCUAGCUUUUAAACCUAGAGAAUUCAUCCCAAUUGGUACCAAAUACUCUUUCUAAUCAUAAGAAUAAGACCAUUCUAGCUAUUUUAAAAGUUUAUCAUAAACUCCAAAAGUUAGUAAUUUUAAAACUAAGUAAUUCAACGAGGGAACAAGAGAAACGAGCCCAAAUUUAUAAAAAAAAAUAAGUAGAAGAUUUUUUGAUAAAUAUUAAAAUAAUUAUCAUCAUUCAGCAAGCAUGAAUUAGUCAUAGGAUUUUGACUUCUAAAAGAUCAAAGAAAAAACAAUAUAAAUAAAAAAAUAUACAUAAUAGCUUCAAUAUUUUCCUUGGAGAUUGAGCUAAAUAGUAUAAGAAAAAGAGAAAUAAGAGUAAGAAAGAAAGAUGAACCGAUUUGAAUUUGAAUCUAAUAAUUCUUCUCACAAACAACCACCUUAGAAGUAACAAUAACAGCUGGAAAAUAGAUUUAAUAAUUUAAUGUAAAAUAUGGAUAUGAGUAAACAAAUUGAAGAAAUAAAUAGAAUCAUCAAUAAACAAAGACAAGUCAUUCGUAAAGAAUCUGAUUAGCAAAUUCAUAAAACAGUUAGAUUUAUUAAUUAAGAUCCUUUACAGCCCUAGUCACAAGAAUAAUGA